GACAACAACAAAACAACAUAACCUAUAAAAAUAUUUUUUAUUUAUUUAAAAGUUUAAUUAUUAAUUAUUAAUAAAAUGUCCCAAUAGUGAGGGGCCAAACACGCAAAAACACUAAAAUAAUGGUAAGUCAAGAGCAGGCGGGGUCAUUCCCCAAAGAUUUCGGCUACGGGGGCGAAGAACAAGACACCAAUACCCCAAACAACAAUCCAGACAAAGAGGGCGGAGGAAAACCGAAAAUCCUCCUAAUGGGCCUACGAAGAUCCGGAAAAUCGUCGAUACAAAAAGUAGUUUUCCACAAAAUGUCACCCAACGAAACCCUUUUCCUGGAAAGCACCAACAAAAUCGUCAAGGACGACAUCAACAAUUCCAGCUUCGUGCAGUUCCAAAUCUGGGAUUUCCCCGGGCAAAUCGACUUUUUCGAUACUUGUUUCGAUUUCGAUACGAUUUUCGGUGGGUGCGGGGCCUUAGUUUUCGUCAUCGAUGCCCAAGACGAUUACAUUGAAGCUCUAAACAAGCUAAACCUUAUUGUAACAAAGGCCUUUAAAAUCAACUCAAAUAUUAAAUUUGAGGUUUUUAUUCAUAAAGUAGAUGGGCUGGGAGAUGAUUCCAAGAUGGAGUGUCAGAGGGACAUUCAUCAGAGGGCCAUGGACGAUCUGAGUGACUCGGGUUAUGAUCAGCAGAUUCAUCUGAGCUUCCAUUUGACGUCCAUCUAUGAUCAUUCGAUUUUUGAGGCUUUUUCUAAGGUGGUUCAGAAGUUGAUCAAUCAGCUGCCUGCUUUGGAGAAUCUCUUGAACAUUUUGAAUACUAAUUCCGCAAUAGAAAAGUCGUUUUUGUUCGACGUAGUAUCGAAAAUUUACAUUGCAACCGACUCUACUCCGGUCGACAUGCAAAGUUACGAGUUAUGCUGCGACAUGAUCGACGUCGUCAUCGAUUUAUCAUCGAUUUACGGGGUGAAAGAAGAACAGGAACCUGCAGCAUUUGACGAUCAAAGUUCCAGCCUUAUUAAACUCAACAACGGAACCGUUUUGUAUUUACGAGAAGUCAACAAGUUUCUAGCUUUAGUGUGCAUCUUCAGGGAAGAUAAUUUCGAUCACAAAGGGAUCAUCGACUACAAUUUCAUUUGUUUCCGGAACGCCAUUCAGCAAGUGUUUGAGUUGCGGAACAAAAAUCAAGAAAAUGGUAUCGAGGAAAAAAGUUUUGAGGAUGGCCGUUUGAGGGAAAUCCUGGACUCACUACAAGGAAUACUGUGUAUGAUUUUACUCAGUCAGGAAACAUUAUGGACGAAAAUCCCAUCAUCAUUUCCUGAUUUGAAUAAAGUGGUCAAGGAGCUGGUCGAAACCGAACAGGAAUUCGUCAGAGAUUUGGACUACGUGGUCGAACACUAUUUAUUGCCCGCCGAAUCCGGAAAAACACCGAAAAUCGUCAGGGACAACUUCCAGGUGCUUUUCGGCAAUCUCAAGGAAAUUGCCGAAUUUCAUAGAACGGUUUUGAUGGAUGGUGUGAAGUACUACUCUAACGAACCGGCCCUUUUGGGCAAAGCCUUUCUGCGACUCGAAAGGGAUUUCGACAAUCACGUGAACUACUGCAGGGACGAGCACUUGGCUCGGGAAUUUCUCGACUCGUCCGAGGCCGCCUACGAUUAUUUCGCGGAGUUAUCGAACCGUUUGGGCGACGACAAGACGAUAAUCGAACAUUUGAAAUUGCCGAUUCAAAGGAUCAACGACUACCAGCUUUUGUUAAAAGAACUCAUAAGGUACGGCGUCUGUCUGAGCGAAAACACCUCGGACUUGGAAAAGGCCCUCGAGUUGAUGCUCAGCGUCCCUCAUCGGGCUCAGGACGACAAAUUCACGUCGAACAUCGAAGGAUACAAAGGGAGCGUGCGCAAGUUGGGACGACUUUGGGCUCACGACCGUUUCACCGUUCGUUUCGGGGACGUCGACAAAGAACGGUACUUGUUCCUCUUCAGGACUCGAGUACUCAUUUGCAAAGUCAGACGGAUAUCCGACGACCGGUCCGUUUUCCAGCUAAAAGACGUCAUCAGCCUCCCCCGAGUCGAAAUCAAGGAUCAUCCGAACGACGAGUACUCGUUCGAGCUCGUCGAAAAAGUCGGCGGCCAAUCGCUGCAGCUCAAGGCGCAUCGCGCCGGCGUCAAACGGUUGUGGGUGCGGAAAAUCUCGGAAUCCGCUAAAAGCGACAGCGACGAGAUCCAAACCGCACCGGAACUCGGCGGAACCGCGCGAGCGGAACCCGUUGCGAAAAAACUGAAAAAAGAAGAAGAGGAACCACCCGCACCGAAACUGGUAGACAAAUUGAUUUCGGAACUCAAAGAACAAGUUACCGGUACGAAAAAAGAAGUUCUAACUUCAGAAUCAGUAGAAGUUGUCCAUUUGGAACGGAUCGAAGCCGUCGAACCACUGAGCCACAUUAACGAUUCGAGAAAUGGCGUCAAAACUUCCGAACCUCCGUUAAUAAUAGAAGAACCAAUAAACGAACAAAUUUCAGAUCAUCCGAGGCUAUUGAAAGCGGUAGAACCGCUGGUGCAAGUGAACAAACCUCGAGUACCCGAACAAAAGAUCGAGUACCACCCGAAACCGAUUCCGGAACGAGUACCCGGCAGCGCCUUCGCCAAACUUUACAGUAUCGAAGGGACGCAAGUGGUACCACCCGGCGGUACCACCGAUUUCAACGUUGGAGUCGAACUCAAUGUCGACAUGAGCAAACGAUUUACUUCUUCUUCGUCCACCACCCGAGAGGGCGCGGGAGGUUACGAAUCUUCUUACACGAGAAGAUCAACUCGGAAGGCGUCAAGGUACGGCUCAGAAGCUGCUGACUCAGAAAUUGUUUCAAAAUACGGCUCAGAAACUGCUUCAAAAUAUGGCUUGGAAUCUUCAAAAUAUGGCACAGAUUCCUCUUCAAAGUACGGCUCAGAAGUUGCUUCGAAAUAUGGCCUAAAGUAUGAAUUAGAAUCUUCAAAGUACGGCUCAGAAGUUUCUUCAAAGUACGGCUCAGAAACUGCUUCAAAGUACGACUCAGAAGCUACUUCAAAAUAUGGCCUGGAAUCUUCAAAAUAUGGCACAGAUUUUUCUUCAAAGUACGACUCAGAAGUUGCUACAAAAUAUGGCCUAGAAUCUUCAAAAUAUGGCUCAGAAUCUUCUUCAAAGUACGGCUCAGAAGCUGCUUCCAAAUACGGCCUAAAGUACGACUUAGAAUCUUCAAAGUAUGGCUCAGAACUUUCGACAGAUAGGAGAAUAUCGCUCAGAUCGGCCCUGGACGAUGACGUCAGGAUCAGAAGAUCUCUGGAUCCGAAAGACACAGAAGAAUUGAUUAAUAAAUAUUCGAAAACUGGCAAGGAAGAAAAAGAAGAAGAAGAAGAUGUUUACGCGAAAUUCGCCAGGAAGUAUUCCAGGACCGAAUCCAGAAAAGAAUCUGUUGUCGAAGACGAUCCUUAUGAAAAAUACGCCAGGAAGUAUUUGAGGAAUCAAAAGUCUAGCGAGACUAAAUCUCCUAGGAUUGGAGUCGAAGAGUCUUCAUCGAAAAAAUCAACAUCGGACUACAAAACUGACGUGGAAGAAUUUGUCGCCUCAGAAUCGUCCAAAACGACCGUUAUCGCUUCAGAAUCGUCCGAAAUUGCUUCAAAAACUCAAAAGUCUUCGUUGAUUGGCCGAAAGGACGCCGUCCCGACGUCCAAUCCGGACAUUAUCCAGACGAAAUCGGCCGAAGACAAACUGGAAGAGAUGGAGGGAGAUCGGCCGCAUUUCGUCAAGACAAUUCGAGGCACCAGCAUUGAACCUGGCGAAAGCGCGUUUUUCUGCGUCUUGCUAAAAGAAAAACCUUUGGAAUUGAAAUGGCUAAAAGAUAGCAAACCGCUGGCGGAAGAAGACGGCGGCCGAAUCCGGACGAGCUCAGACGAAAACGGGCUCGAAUACACAUUGGCGAUCAGACAAGUUAAAGACGAAGACGGCGGUAUUUACACGGCAGCGGCUCAGAACGAGAAAGCGAAAGCUUCGUGUUCCGCCCAGCUAGUGGUUCACCAACUUUCCGCGGCGGAAAGAGAGGAGCGGGCCAAAAGCGACCGGCCGGAAUUUAUGGUGUCCAUGAAGGACGCUGAGCUUUUGGAAAACACUUAUUUGCGGUUCAUGGUGAAAGUUGUCGGCGAACCGAAUCCGGAAAUUAGCUUUUUCAAAGAUGGCAAAAAGAUCCUGGACGCCGACAGCCGCAUGCAAACCAUUCGCGAACACUCGGACAAGGGUUUCUACGAGCUGGUGAUUCCCGAAGUGAAAAAAUCCGACGCCGGCGUCUACAAGUGCGUCGCGACGAACAAAUUCGGCGAAGCCUCGUCGGAAGCCAGCGUAACCGUCACCGAUCACAAGCAAGUUUUCGAAGAAGGCGACCUUUUGCCCGUAGGCGAAAAACCGGACUUCCAUUGGAAAAAAGACGGCGCGCCGUUCGAACCUCCCGAACGUUUCAAAGUUUUAAUGGGCGACGACGAAGAUUCUUUGGCUUUGGUUUUCCAGCACGUUAAACCUGAUGACGUCGGCAUGUACACGUGCGUCGCUCAGACGUCCAGAGGCCACAUCAGUUGCAGCGCCGAGUUGACAGUGCACGGCACCGUCAAUCAGCUGUUCCGGGAACCGGAAAAGCCGAAGCUGAUCGUCGAAAGACGGGAGCCGAUCGUCGUCGCGGCCGGAAACCAGGCGAUGCUCGAGGUGCAAGUCAAAGGGUACCCGAAGCCUCAGCUGAAAUUCGAGCACGAAGGCAAAGCGGUAGAGGCCGGAAACAAGUAUAAGUUUUUGUACGAAGACGAGGAAACGAUGUCUUUGAUUAUCAAAGAUGUCAAGUCUGAGGAUGCCGGGGUUUACACGAUUCUGGCCGAGAACGAAAUCGGUACCGAUUCGGCCGAAAUGAAGUUGACUGUUAAAGCUCCACCGAAAAUCAAAACGAAAAUGGAAGACCUCGCCGUCCACGCCGGUCAACUGCUGAAAAUGUCAGUGGAAAUCGACGGAAUUCCCGAACCGAAAGUGCAAUUCUACAAAGACGGCAAAGAAAUCAAACACCAAAACGCGAAAAUAACGAAAGAGGGCGAAAAGUACAGUUUGCUAUUGGAAAAAACUGCCCUGACCGAUUCGGGCAGCUACUCGGUCGUGGCCGGCAACGAGCUCGCCCAAGUGUCGCAAUUUUGGAAACUAGACGUCUAUAGCCGUCCGACAAUUGUCCAAAAAAUGGGCCUGAAUAAAGUGACGUCACAAGGCGAAAACGUCGAACUAAAAGUGGAAAUCCAGGCCGAACCCAAAGCGCAAAUAAAAUGGUUCAAAGACGAAGAAGAGCUUCAGUCCAGCGAGCAUUACGUCAUCAAAGAAGACGGAGACGUUUAUAUGCUUCGUAUAACCGGUGCCGUGACCACAGACGCCUCGAAAUACAAAUUCAAAGCGACGAAUACCCACGGUAUCGGCGAAGACGAGGUUCGCGUAGACGUUAAAAAAGCCCCGAAAAUUGUGCAGGGUUUACGGGACAUGAUUGUGACCGAAAACGACCAAAAUGUUACUUUGGAUGUAAAAUUGGAGGCUUUCCCUAAGCCAGCGGUCAAAUGGUACCUGGACGAAGUCGAAAUAAAAGAAACCAGAACGGAAUUUACGAGAAUUGAAUCUGACGAUGGAAUUAAAUUGAUUAUCAAAGAAGUAUCCAGUGAAUUAUCGGGACAGUACACGUGCAAGUUGAGCAACGAGUGCGGCGCAGCCGAGACCAGCGCUAAACUUACAGUCAAUUGCGCUCCAAGAAUAAUCAAACACCUGCAGGACGCGACCGUCGAGGAAGGGGCAGCCCUACACCUCGAAAUCGAGGUGGACGCUUGUCCUGAGCCGACGGUGAAAUGGCUGCGCAACGGCCGAGAGGUCAACAGCGACGCCCGCAUCAAAAUCACCAGGGACAAGCGACGCUACGAAACCCUGCAUUUAGCCGUCGAUCUGAUCAAAUACGAGGAACAGGGCGAAUACGAGGUGAUCGUUACGAACACUCUGGGCACGACGAGCAGCAAAAGUUUCGUAACGGUGAACAAAGUCACUCACACUGACGCCAUCGAAGAAACUGGACCGGAACCGUUGAAAAUAAAACAGGAAAUUGUCGACGAAAAUACCCGAGGUGAAAUACAAAUUGGGGAACCCAUUAUCGAAGAACCAUCGUCUCCGAUAUCGGCCGUGGCGGAAGAACCCGAACAUUUCGUACCAUCGGUUGAAACAGUCCAAUCGGAUGUUAACUUGUUUCAAAAUGGACAAGACGAAGAAACUAUUACGAAAAAUGAACAAGAAAGAAAAGAAAAGAAAAUACCACAAGAAGCCGAACCAAUAAUUCUUGACACCAACAUGAAAGACGGUUCCCGGCCGGAAUCCUUGGACGUCACUUACAUAGCGAGAGGGUUCGCCAAUCCGCCGCCAGAGGCCACUUGGACCUUGAAUGGCAAAGCAAUCGUGCCUGACGCGCACCUGCGCAUGACCGCCAGCCAAAAUGGCGAAGAGUUCAAAUUGGAAAUUCAAAAGUUGCAAAUGAAAGAUGCCGGAGUUUACGAGUGCGUCCUCACCAAUCCUGUCGGCAGUGUCAAGCAACAGGCCGUUUUGGAAGUCACUCCCGAAAAAGAACUGCGCAGACCGAAAUUGAAAAAGGGCAUCGAAGACGCGACCGUUACCAAGAAAAAUGGCGUCACUUUUGAGGCGAUUUUAAUCGGCGAUCCGAUACCGGAAGUUCAUUGGUUAAAAGACAACAAACCCAUUACGAAUCUGGAAUUCGAAAAAAGUAAAAUCGUCAUCGAAACCGAAGAUCACGAAAUCGAGGACGGACUCAAAGAGUGCACGUACAAAUUGACAAUUCCCAAAUGCGAAACAUUCGACCGAGGCGAAUAUACGAUGCGGGCGAAAAAUAAGUGGGGCGAGCUGGAGGCCGCAGCUCGUUUGAUGAUCGUCCUGAGGCCGGAAAUCGAAGGUCCGGAAGAUGUGAAGGUUGUGCCGGGCGAAGCCGCCGAAUUCGCUGCGAUCAUUCGGGCGAAUCCUUUGGCUGAAGUUUCCUGGACAAAAGACGGGCGACCAAUCAAAGCAGGCGAUUCGAUUUCUAUCGUUGAAGAUUUGGCCAAUGAGACUUACAAAUUAAUUUUCCAUAAAGUCGCCCUCAGCGACGAGGGAAACUAUAAGGUGGUGGCCAGAAACGAUUUGGGCGAGAGCGUCAGUGAGGCUCAACUGAAAACUAAAAUAAAAGUGCACCCAGUGGUUCUAUUCCAAAUCGUCGACGCUUACGAGAGACGCAACGCCGACUCCUACCGAGUAAUUGGCACCCUGUUGGGUUCCUCGGACAAAGGAAUCGUCGAGGUAACAAAUUGCUUUUGCGUGCCCCACAAGGAAUACGACGACCAAGUCGAGGCGGAACUUUCGUACGCUAUGGACGUGUACGAGCUCAACCGCCGAGUCAACGCCAACGAAGCAAUCGUAGGCUGGUGGGCAACCGGCCACGAAGUCACCAACCACAGCUCCGUAAUCCACGAGUACUAUUCGCGCGAAUGUGUCAACCCUGUACAUCUUACAGUCGAUACCAGUUUACAAGGAGGCCGCAUGGGGCUUAAAGCUUAUGUAUGUGUAAACUUUGGAGUACCUAAUGGCAAACAGGGCUGCAUGUUUACCUCUAUACCUGUAGACAUCACUUGUUACGAUCCGGAAGUGUUUGGGUUGCAAUUGAGCCAGAAAACAAUCGGGGGCGGAGGCCGUUCCAGAAACGUCAAUCCUCAGUUGGACUUGCAACAAGUUGCAGAAGCCGGAGGCAAAAUGGGCUCGUUAUUGGACCAGGUUUUGGCUUAUGUCGAGGAUGUUUUGGCUGACCGCCAGCCUCCCAACAACGAAGUAGGCAGGAGUCUUUUGCAUCUUGUAAAUUCGGUGCCUCAUAUGAGCUCUGAACAAUUUUCUGAGAUGUUCAACAGCAAUUGCAAGGAUCUUUUGAUGGUUAUUACUUUGUCCCAAUUGAUCAAGACGCAAUUGCAAUUAAACGAAAAACUUACUUUGUUAACAUCAAUUUAA